GAGCCCUACAAAAUAAAGCCCAUGGACCAAAAGCCCAAUAAAAUUAUAUAGAGCCCUAAUUUUCUUUCAAUAAAACCCUAAAUUUCCGUUGACCCUAAAACCCCUCCAACUUCAACUUCUUCUCAUGGCUUCGCCGGAUUCUGAUACUCUCUCUUCCAGAGUUCGUCGGGAAACGGCGGAGAAAGCCGUCGAAUCCCUCCUUCAAUGGCGAAGUUCCAAACGAGAGAAGCCUCAACUUCUGGACCAGGAGGAUUUUUUAUACCUCGUCGUUACUCUCAAGAAAAUCCCUCCAAAAGGUCGUACAAACCCUUACAAAAUCCCUCUUCCCCAUCCUCUUCGUUCUGAAUCGUCUGAACUCUGCCUCAUAAUCGACGAUAGAACCAAGUCCAAUCUUACCAAAGACGACGCCAGGAAGAAAAUCCAGUCGGAAAACAUCCCGAUUUCGAAGGUCAUCAAGCUGUCGAAGCUUAAAUCCGAUUACCGCCCCUUUGAAGCGAAACGGAAGCUCUGCGAUUCGUACGAUAUGUUUUUCGCCGAUGAUCGGGUUAUUCCAAUGCUGCCGAGUCUGUUGGGGAAGCACUUUUUCAAGAAGAAAAAAAUUCCAGUGCCGUUGAAUUUGAGGCAUAAGAAUUGGAAAGAACAGAUCGAGAAGAGCUGUUCGUCGGGUUUGUUGUAUUUGAGGAGAGGGACUUGUAGUGUGGUGAAAGUGGCAAAGACGUCAAUGGAAGUUGAAGAGAUCGUGAAUAAUGUGAUUGCGGCCAUUGAUGGGAUUGCAGAGAUUGUGCCUAAGAAAUGGAGCAAUGUGCAAUCAUUUCAUUUGAAGGUCCUGGAAUCUAUUGCAUUGCCACUUUACCAAACAGUGCCGGAGUUGAAAAUGAAGAUUGAGGCGGCCGUGAGGGGUAAAGAAGAGGAAACAAACAAAGAAGUAGCAGAUGCAGGUAAGAGUCCUACACCUGUAAAGGUCAAUAACAAAAAGGAGAAGAAGUUGGGCAAGAAAAAGGGCAGGAUACAUGAAGUUCGUUAUAUGGACAGUAACGGCUUAAAGCUAUCUGCAGAAGAAGAAGAUGAACAGGACAGCGAUGUUGAUGAGGUUAGUGAGAAUAUCGAAAAGGGUAAGAAACGAAGUAGAGUAAAGAAAACGAAGGAAGAGCUUCAAAGUGAGUUGAAUGUCGAGAAAACAUCGAAGAAGAAGAUGAAGAAGAAGAAGAAGAAGAAUGGAGAUGAAGAAUCCAGUGGGAAGAAGGUGAAAAAGACAAAGAAGUUGAAAGAAGUGAAAUGAUUUGAUCUGUCUCUUCUUCUUCUUCAAGGGUAUUAUUGUUCCUGAUACAAGUAAGCAAAUUUUGAGUAACUCAUAUCAUUUUCCAUUUUUGUUUUCAUUAGGUUCAGAAAAUGAACUGAUUGAUUUAUAUGUGUAAUGGGUGUUAUUUGUUAAAGAAAUUCUAUAAACCUUGAUGUUUGGUGUUUACCUGGUGAUAAAAUCAUUUGAGGAGUUUGGUGA